ACUGCGGACAUAGUACAGGAGAUGACCAGAGACUGCGGACACAGUACAGGAGAAGACCAGAGACUGCGGACAUAGUACAGGAGAUGACCAGAGACUGCAGACAUAGUACAGGAGAUGACCAGAGACUGUGGACAUAGUACGGUAGAGGCACCGCCAUUCGUGGCUUCGGUUGUCAAUCACCGGGUCCCGGACAGUGAUUACUCGCUGGCACCCGGUGCUCACCGAGUAUUACUGACAGGGGAGAGAACUGUAUGUAAACAAUAC